GAAUGAUUUCCAUAAUCAAGAGUAUGCUUCCAGAAUCAGAAAGGUUGCCUGAAAAUUUAUACAAGUAAAAAAGAAUGGUUCAUGAGAUGGGAUUAGGAUACGAGAAGAUACAUGCAUGUCGUAAUCAUUGCAUGUUGUAUUACAAAGAAAAUAGUGAUAAAAAUGUUUGUCUGGUGUGUAAAGAACCACGGUUUAAACCUAAGGUAUCUACAAAAAACAAGGAUGUGCCUUACUCAAUGUUGAGAUAUUUCCCUAUUAUUCCAAGACUACAACGCCUCUUUAUGUCUAAAAAUACAUCAAAAUAUAUGCGUUGGCAUAUAGAUGGAGUGCGUCAAGAUGAAUCAAUUAUGACACAUCCUGCUGAUGCAGAGGCAUGGAAGAAUUUUAAUCAUACACACCCUACAUUUGCUCAAGAUCCACGAAAUGUUAGGCUUGGACUUUGCACAGAUGGUUUUAAUCCAUUCAAUAAUUCAGGUAACCCAUACUCAUGUUGGCCUGUUUUUGUGACACCUUACAAUCUUCCCCCUAGUAUGUGCAUGAAAAGAGAAUACAUAUUUCUUACUCUUGUGAUUCCUGGACCAAAGUCACCUGGUAAAAGUUUAGAUGUCUAUCUUCGUCCUUUAAUUGACGAGUUAAAAAUUUUAUGGGACACUAGGGUUAACACCUUUGAUGCAUGUAAAAAGAAAAAUUUCAUUAUGAAAGUGGCAUUGAUGUGGACAAUAAGUGAUUUUCCUGCUUAUGGAAUGUUGUCUGGAUGGAGCACUCAUGGGAAAUUUGCUUGUCCCUAUUGUAUGGGGAACAGUAAAUCAUUUAGGUUGAAGAAUGGUGGUAAACCUUGUUGGUUUGAUUGCCAUCGUCGAUUUUUGCCUGUUGAUCAUCCAUUUCGUCGUGACCGAUACUCUUUCAAGAAGUCAGUAGUGGAAAACUCUUUGCCACCACAACAAUUGAAUGGCACAUAUGUCUUAAACAAAGUGAAUCAACUUCAAAAAAUUACUUUUGGCUUGAAAUCAAACAAAGAAAAACAACCUAACUUUGGUAAAACCCAUAAUUGGGUUAAAAAAAGCAUAUUUUGGGAAUUGCCUUAUUGGUCCAGUAAUCUAAUUAGACAUAACUUGGUUGUUAUUCAUGUUGAAAAGAAUGUUUUUGAUAACAUCUUCAACACCGUUAUGGACAUAAAGGGCAAGACGAAAGACACUGCUAAUGCAAGAGAAAAUCUAAGGUUGAUAUGUAAACAUCCUAGGUUAGAGCUAGUGGACGAGAAUGGGAAGUAUAGAAAGCCAAAGGCAACAUAUGUCUUGAGUUUUGAUCAAAGAAAAAUGGUGUGUGAGUGGAUAAAACAACUAAAGUUUCCAAAUGGGUAUGCAUCUAGCAUAUCACGUUGCUCGUAAUGAUGGUGGUGGUGAAGAUAAAAUUGAUGAUAAGUUGUCUAUUUUUAAAUUCCCAUGUCGUCCUAUUGGCAAAGGUCAUAGUAGAUUAUUAACAGAGGAAGAACUUCAUAUUGUUGAGACAUAUGUCAUUGUAAAUUGCAAAAAAGUAGAACCCUAUCUUCAGCAAUUCGAGGAUUCAAUAAGGGAAACAAAUCCUAAUAUCUCUGAGGAUGAAAUAUUAGUAGCUCGAGAUAGAGAUUUCAGUAGGUGGCUAAAACAUCAAGUGAGUACAGGGCAAGUUGAUGAUCGAAUGAUUCAAGAGAUUAGUUAUGGUCCGGUAAAGAUUGUCACUUCUUAUAAUGGACUAAUAGUCAAUGGAUAUAGAUUCCACACUAAAAGCUAUGGAGCUAAUAAAUCCACUAUGAAUAGUGGGAUAUGUGUUCGAGGCAAUAUGUAUGGUGAUAAUGAUUUGGAUUAUUAUGGCAUUGUUGAAGAGAUAAUAGAAUUGUCAUAUCUUGGAUAUCAAAACAAAGUGAUUAUUCUACGUUGUCACUGGUUUGACCCUUUUCAUGGUGUUAAAGUAGAUGAAAUGUAUGGACUGGUUGAUAUCAAACACAAAUCAAAGCUUCAGUCAAAUGAUCCAUUUGUAUUAGCUGAACAGGCACAACAAGUGUACUAUACGAGAUACCCACAAAGUAGGGGUAGGAAUAAUGGUGAUUGGUGGGCAGCUUGUAAGGUUAGAGCAAAAUUAUUUAUGGCUGAGUCAUUGAAUAACGAAGAUUAUUUGUCAAAUGAACAAACUACUAAUGAUUAUUUUCAAGAUGAUGGUUCAAUGGGAAUGCACAAUAUUCUUAUUGAUAAUGAGGAGAUACAAUUGUUUGAUGCAAAUGCCCCAAUGGAAGAAGUAAACAUAAAUGAUAUAAAUUAUCCAAUGGAUAAUGUGCAACAUGAUCAAUUCAUCAAUGACGAUGAAGAUGAUGAGGAUGAUGAACUCACGGAUAAUGACAUGGUGUUAGAUGAUUCAGACAAUUCAAGAGAUGAUUUUGUUGAUUCAGACGACGAGUGGUUAUGA